UCAGUUGUUUUCGUUUUGUGCGGGAGGGGGGUUGAGCCCUACCGGCUCGAGUUUACAAAUAAUGUUUCCGUCCCUCUCCGUGUGUUUAUAUCUGCUUUAACCAAAUGCAUGCAGCAGGGGGGAUGGCGUAGGACAAACGCAGUAGUUUAUCAGUCAGUCUGUUGGAUUAUUUCAGGGGUUUGAAUAGAAAUGGAUACGCGGGUGUCGGAGCUGUUCGGGACCGUUUCCACACAGAAGUCCAGCUCUCAGGGAGCGAGUAAUGGGGCUGGAGUGACUGCCAGCAGAAAAUCAACCGCGAAAAAUUGCAAAAAGUUUAAACACCGGUCAGCCCGGUACCCCAAAGCCAGCAAUAACCCGCCUUAUCUACCUCCAGAGGUUGAAGAGGGAAACAUUGAGUACAAGCUGAAGCUGGUUAACCCCACACAGUACCGCUUUGAGCACCUGGCCACACAGAUGAAGUGGAGGUUACAGGAGGGCCGAGGGGAGGCUGUGUAUCAGAUCGGUGUGGAGGACAACGGGCUGCUGGUGGGCCUGUCAGAGGACGAUAUGAGAGCUUCGCUCAAAACACUCCACAGGAUGGCUGAGAAGGUGGGUGCUGACAUCACAGUUCUCAGGGAGAGGGAGGUGGAUUAUGACUCUGACGAACUACACAGAAUAGCUGAAGUCCUCAUCAGGAAAGUGCCAGAUGAUCAGCAGUUCCUGGACCUGCGUGUAGCUGUGUUGGGCAACGUGGACUCAGGGAAGUCCACUCUGCUUGGUGUUCUUACUCAGGGAGAGCUGGACAAUGGCAGAGGACGGGCACGACUCAACCUCUUCAGACACCUGCAUGAAAUCCAGACAGGAAGAACCUCCAGCAUCAGCAUUGAGAUAUUGGGUUUUGAUAGCAAAGGAGAGGUGGUGAACUACAGUGAGUCCCGAACAGCAGAGGAGAUCUGUGAGAGUGCCUCAAAAAUGAUCACCUUCAUUGACCUGGCAGGCCACCACAAAUACCUGAAGACCACCAUCUUUGGCUUAACCAGCUACUGUCCAGACUUUGCCAUGCUUGUCGUCAGUGCAAACACUGGCAUCGCGGGUACAACACGGGAGCACUUGGGUCUGGCCAUGGCAUUGAAGGUGCCCAUCUAUAUUGUGGUGAGUAAGGUGGACCUGUGCACUAAGGGCACAGUGGAGCGCACUGUCCGACAGCUGGAGCGCAUCCUCAAACAGCCUGGCUGCAACAAAGUGCCCAUGCUAGUUUCCACUACAGAUGAUGCUGUCACUGCCGCCCAGAAGUUCGCCCAGUCACCCAGCAUCACUCCAAUCUUCACCCUGUCCAGCGUGUCAGGCGAGAGUCUGGAUUUGCUGAAGGUCUUCUUUAACAUUCUACCUCCUCUCAGCAACAGCAAGGAACAAGAGGAACUCAUGCAACAGCUCACUGAGUUUCAGAUUGAUGAGAUCUAUACAGUGCCAGAUGUUGGAACAGUAGUCGGUGGAAAUCUCUUCAGUGGGAUCUGCCGGGAGGGGGAGCAGCUGGUGGUUGGACCCACAGAUGAUGGGCAGUUUCGGGAGCUGAUGGUGUGCAGUAUCCAGAGGAACCGCUCAGGAUGCAGGGUGCUCAGAGCUGGCCAGGCAGCUACUUUGGCACUGGGAGAUUUUGACCGGUCACUCUUACGAAAGGGUAUGGUGAUGGUUAGCCCAGAGAUGAACCCCACUAUCUGCUGGAGCUUUGAGGCAGAGAUCGUUUUACUGUUCCAUGCUAAAACUUUCCAUAAGGGCUUCCAGGUCACUGUCCAUGUUGGCAACGUCAGACAGACAGCCACAGUUGAGGCUCUGCAAGGAAAGGAUGAGCUCCGCACUGGUGAGAAAGCUGUGGUACGAUUCAAGUUCAUCAAACACCCAGAGUACUUGAAGGUGGGAUCUAAGCUGCUCUUCAGAGAGGGAGUCACCAAAGGCAUCGGGCAGGUCACCAAACUCCAGCCUGCGUCUCAGUACCAGCACCAUCUUUGAUACAGAAGAACCCUGUACUCAUUCAACACCAUCCCUCCUUACCUGUCCAUGCUUUCUUCUUCUUUUCAUGUCAUAACACAGCUGUCACCAUAAUAGAGUUUUAUUCAUCCACUUGGAGAUUCAGGUGUCUUUUAAAUGGUCUUUAAACUCCAAAUUGGCCGUUUACAAUCAUUCAAAUGUUCUCCUUAUUUUAAACAUCAUUCUUUUAAUAUUAAGAUGGCACUGAACGUUUAUACAUGUGCAGCCUUUUUAAAGUCCUGAACCAUUUAUUAUUUAAUAACCAAAUGAUAGAGAGAUUGUGAAUUUAAAUAUGGCUGCCAAAGACUUUCGGGUUUUUUGUAUUUUUAUAGCUGAUGUCAAUGAAGAAUUUUUUCUUCCUACGGCAGCUACUGAUCUUACAAACUGUUCUCUACCAAAUGCCAGAAAUGAUCUGCACAUCUCUGAUAUUUUUUAUUUAUUUAUUGUUUUGUAAAAAGUGCUUUUUACUGAUGUGGCACUGUCAAGCUUGAAAGGGAUAGUUCACCCAAAAAUGAAAAUCUCUCAAUUUGCUUACCCUCAUGCCAUCCCAGAUUUUCGUGACUUUCAUUUGCAGAACACAAAGAAUAUCUCAGAACUGUAGGUCCAAGUGAAUGGUGACCAGAACUUUGAAGCUUCAAAAAGGACAUAAAAGUAGUAUACAUGCAACAGCAAUGGUUUAAUCCAUGUCUUCUGAAGAAAUUUGAUGAGGUGUGGUGGCAAUUUGAGUCCUUUUUACUAUAAAUCUCCACCUUUGACCAGUCCAACUAGUAGGUGGUGAUAUGCAUGAAGGCGGAGAAUUGCUAAAACAAAAGAAUGUGGAAGUGAAAUUGGAGAUUUAUAGUGAAAAGGUGUUUUCUUAUUGAUCUGUUUCUCAACCACACCUGUCAUGUCACUUCUCAAUAUAUGAAUUUAACCACUGGAGUCUUGUGGAUUACUUUUAUGCUGCUUUAUGUGCUUUUUAGAGCUUCAAAGUUCUGGCCACCAUUCACUUGCAUUGUUAGGACCUACACGGCUGACAUAUUGUUCUAAAAAAUUAAUUUGUGUUCUGCAGAAGAAAGUCAAACACAUCUGGGAUGGCAUGAGGGUGAGUAAAUGAUGAGAGGAUUUUCACUUUUGGGUGAACUGUCCCUUGUAGGUUGACGUAAAUGUACUGCCUUACCACCAAGUGUUCCUAUAUCCUGUCAUCAAUGCUGCUGCAAAUAUCAAAGAUGUAAGUUGUUAUUCCUUACAUGAUAAUAGCUUUUAAUGAACAAUAUGUUUCUCUGCCUGCACUCAAGUGCUUUAGCAGCUCAGUAAAGCUCGACUUAUUACAGAAUGCAUUCCAUAUACCCAGUAGUACAUUUGGAUGUUGGAACAGGACAAUUAGAUUGCACAAACGUUAAGUCAGAUGAUUCAGAAACACACAUCACUUUGACCUUUGGAUGAAUUGUGCAAAGGAGUCUUUCAUUUCUGCUAGUUUUUUCUCCAUUAGGUUACUGGUUUUACAUUGUUCUAGUCUGUUGCAGUGGCUUUGUAUAAUGGACAGUCACAGUUUGUUUUAUUGCACCUCAAUGUUUCCUGAAGUUUGGUGCUAAUGCUUUUGACAAGCAUGUUUUAAAACUUAGAUGAUGAAAGAGGGUUAAUUGAGUUGUUAGUUGGUUCUUGCCUAAGAUCUGUCCUGUAAUCAUUGCAUGCAUGUUUGGACACUGACUGUUUCACAUAUUUCACUGUUCUGUGUUUCCUGUGCAAUUUUAGAUUUUUGUAAAGAAUGUGUAACAGUAAAAGUCAUUGAACAUCUAAUGGAUAAUGUAGUAGUUACACCUCACUGUAGUUACAUAGUCACUUUGUAAUAAUUUCUCUUUUGUAUUGGCAUAUCAUUUUACUGUCAAUUUUCUGGCUUUUUUUCAAAAUAUUUAAAUAUUUUAGCCUUACUUUUUGGUGA